CUGCUGGGAUCAUUUUUACGCAGCCACCAACAAAUGGAGAGUACAUGACUUACUUCAAUUAAAAGAUCAAGUUUUUCUUAUUCUACAUUUGAGAAAUUCUGCAACCUCACGGAAUCGUGAGAAUCGUGCUGCGAUCGACUUGAAAAGGGAUACGGCAAUAAACCGGUUAUUCUUACAAGAUGUGGAGCAUUUAACACUGGAUUGCUGAGCUGCUAUGGAUUACUAUAUUAUCUCCCAACACAAAGAACAUGAAUUCAAGAUUCAGCCAGAAGAUAUUGCUUCAAGCUCUCACACUUUUAAGCAGAAAUAUUUCAGGAAGUCGAAGCCUUGCUCAGUCUGCAAGCAGCCUGUGAGCGACCAGGGAAUAUCAUGCCGAGUCUGCAAGUAUGUCUGUCACAAAAGAUGUGAAGUGAAGGUGGUGACUCCGUGUUCUCUUCCUGUAAACUAUGAGUUGCCUAACAAUGUUAACUCGUGUGCAAGUCAUGUGACUGAAUUGGAAUCGAACAUCUCCUCAAAAAGCUCUUCUUGUGACAAAUUGUCUCAAAACUUGGACUUUGACAGAAUCAUGGAAGAAGGUUAUGAACUUGACCUCACCUUUAUAACGGAGCGUAUUAUAUCAGUAUCGUUCCAAAGUGGCUGCUCAGAUGAAACGUACCUUCAUAAUCUCCAGGAUGUAACGCGGAUGCUUAAAUCGAAACAUGGGGACAAUUAUUUGGUAUUGAAUCUAUCAGAAAAACACUAUGACCUUUCCAAACUUAACACUAAGGUAAUGGACUUAGGUUGGCCUGAUCUGCAUGCUCCACCACUAGAUAAAAUGUGCACGAUUUGCAAGGCAAUGGAAUCAUGGCUAAACAGUGACCCUCUACACGUGGUGGUUAUUCAUUGCAGAGGUGGAAAAGGAAGAAUUGGAGUAGUAAUAUCAUCAUAUAUGCACUUUACAAAUGUAUCUGCAAGCGCUGACCAAGCUCUGGACCGUUUUGCCAUGAAGAAGUUUUUUGAUGAUAAAGUAUCCAUACUUAUGCAGCCAUCUCAAAUAAGAUAUGUCAAUUUUCUAAAUGGACUGCUGUCUGGAAUGGAAAAGAUGAAUGCGACCCCUCUCUUUUUGCAUUAUGUCAUUCUCCAUGGUAUUCCAAAUUUUGAUGCCGGUGGAUUAUGUCGCCCUUUCAUAAAAAUCUACCAGGCAAUGCAAGCUGUUUAUACAUCAGGAAUAUAUAAUGUUGGACCAGAAAACCAGAACAGAUUAAGCAUUGCUGUGGAGCCAGCUCAGCUGAUCAAGGGUGAUAUUAUGAUCAAAUGUUACCACAAGAAAUAUCGUUCUGUAACCCGUGAUGUCAUUUUCAGGCUGCAGUUUCAUACAGGGGCUGUUCAUGGUCAUCGACUGAUUUUUGGAAAAGAAGAGUUAGAUCAUGCAAACAAAGAUGCCAGAUUUCCAGAAUUUGGAAAAAUUGAAUUAGUGUUUUCAGGAACACCAGAAAAAAUUGUUGGCGCUGCAAACCUUCAGAACAACCAGGGGAUAACUAUUGACUACAAUACUUGUGAUCCUUUAAUACGCUGGGAUUCCUACGAAAAUACAAGUCUGAAUGGAGAAGUACCCCAUACCCAGGGACCUCUUGAUGGAAGUCUAUAUGCCAAAGUGAGGAAGAAAAGUCUUUCAGAUGGAUCAGUUACAGUUAUUGACCCUGAAGUUCCCAUAACAAGCAGUCCCGAUCAUAGUGAUCACACAUUAUCCGUUAGUAGUGAUUCUGGACACUCUACUGCGUCUGUUAGAACCGAACAAGCAGAAGAAAAGCUUGGAUCAAGGAGUAAGCGAGGUCUGAGUCCAAAAGAAAAGGCAGAGUUGGAUCAACUUCUAAGUGGGUUUGGGGUAAAUAACCCAACAAGCUCACUGAAGGAUAUGACCGAUGCUCAAAACAAGUAUAGUGGGACGCGCCAUAUAGUUCCUGCUCAAAUUCAUGUAAAUGGAAACACAAAACUCAAAGAAAGGGAAACUGAUAUAUUAGAUGACGAAAUGCCAAAUCAUGAUUUGCACAGCGUGGACAGCAUCGGUACUUUAUCAUCAUCAGAAGGCCAACAUUCAAACAACCUUGGUAACUUUAGCUGCCAUAAGAGUAGUCAGAAUUCUUUGCUGUCUGAUGGCUUUUGCAGUAACACUGGAGAUGAACACAGCCAUAAUUUAGUGCCUGACUUGGGUAUCAGCAUUGACCAUAUGUAUGAAAGAUCGUACACCAUUCAUGAACCAAAGCAAGUUCAACAGCCAACAGCACAACCUCCUCCCUAUGUACAGAGCAAUUACUCAACUCAAACUUGGGUACGCCAACAACAAAUGGUCAGUUCACAGCAAUACAGCUAUAGUGUAGAUAAUGAAAGCAGAUUCAGUAUACCUACUUCACUGGACUCCUCUACAUCGAACACUCCUGAAAUAUCUAAGGUGUCUGCUGUGCCUAACAAAGAUGUAGUGCAAAGGAUUAUGUCAAGCCCUGCACAGGACAUUACUCCUAAAGUCAGUAGGCAGUCAUCAUCCCAACCAACAGCAAAUGGAAUCAAUUCAAAGAGUGAAGAUAUACCAUCUUCUCCAACACUGGAUAUUGACCAGUCAAUUGAGCAGCUUAAUAAAUUAAUAUUAGAGUUGGAUCCAACGUUUGAACCGAUUCCAACUCGAAUGAACUCUAGUACAGGAAAUGCUAGCUUCCUAGCUGCUGAUGUCAACAACAGUGGUCUCCAUACCCCUUUAGGUGCAGAAAAAAGACGAAAGCUAUUUCAAGAAGGGUCACACAACAGCGGUUCACUAAGCAGAGCCAGAAAGCUUAGUUUUGGUCAGUAUGAUAAUGAUGCCUCAGAUCCACAGGGAACCAGAUAUGAAUGGAAGAGGUCUCCAGAACAAGAUUCUACACCCAGGUCAUUUGCUGCCUUGGGGCAGUCACAGUCCAAGGAGGAAACAUUUUCCAGCUACCAUGGAGAUGUGGAUGAAGUAGAUAGCAUUUUCAGUUGUCCAAGAAAUGGUAGUGAAGUUGUUCCACCUACACCAGCUUUCCCUAUUUCACCAGAAACUCCUUAUGUGCGCACACCUCCAAACUUUACUCAGAUGAUGGAGACAGGACACCAGUUCUACAGCCCUUCAGAGUUGUAUACAGCAGGGCAAGAUAUGACAAAUUACAGUGAAGGUCUUAAACAAAGAGUCCUUCCUUCUGAGAGUUCCAUUGGAACAAACUCUUCGUUCUUCAUGACUGAAUUACAAAGAUCUUCAUUGCACAGGACUGCAUCCCCUGCAACCAGAGAAGAAAGCAUUUCAGAAGUUGAAAAUCAAUGGAUGGAAAAUGCACCAAAGGCAACCCUCUCCUACCAGUCUUCACUAAAGAACAGAAAUAGGUCACCACUAGUCAGUGACUUGCAUUCAUCAGACAGAUCAGUACUGACCCAGGACUCCUCCACUGUGAAUCAGUUUCAUGUGAUAAGCUCUUCAGAUCCAGGACACACAGAUCUCCAAGAGCACUCGGCAAGCAGAAAUAUCCAGGGUUAUUUGAACUUUGACAAUCAUGUUAUUGCAAGCAAUAAUCCUCAGUUGGAUGAAAAGCAGGCAUCUCUUUUCUCAAGUGUAAAUGGUUCUCCAAAAACCGUAAUGACCACAUUGUCAUUGGAUAGUAAUAGCUCCCAAAACCAAGGCAGUCCAGUCUUACAGCAUGUAGUAAAAAAUCUCCUUUCACAACCACCUCUUCCUGAGAAAAAGAGAAUUUCUGAAGGAGAACGUUCACUUGGCUCAGUGUCUCCUUCUUCCAGUGGAUUCUCAAGUCCACACAGCGGCAGUACUAUCAGCAUUCCAUUUCCCAACGUGCUCCCUGAUUUUUCAAAGGUUUUGGGUGAAUCUCCUAUCCAAGAACAUUCAACAGAUAAACACAUGACUGUAAAAUUUGUGCAGGACACUUCCAAGUUCUGGUACAAACCUGAUAUUUCAAGAGAACAAGCUAUUGCUGUUCUUAAGGACAAGGAGCCUGGCUCAUUUAUUGUUAGAGAUAGCCAUUCCUUUAGAGGAGCAUAUGGCUUGGCUAUGAAAGUUGCUACACCACCUCCAUCAGUUGUGCAGCUGAACAAGAAAGGUGGAGAUUUGACAAAUGAACUUGUCCGUCACUUCUUAAUCGAAUGCAUUCAGAAAGGUGUCCGCUUGAAGGGAUGCCCCAAUGAACCAUAUUUUGGGAGUUUGACGGCUUUGGUUUAUCAGCAUUCGAUCACUCCACUGGCACUGCCAUGCAAAUUACUCAUCCCUGACAAAGAUCCUUUAGAAGAGAUUGCAGAGACAACUCCUCAGACUGCUGCGAACUCUGCCGCAGAGCUUCUCAAACAAGGGGCAGCUUGCAAUGUUUGGUAUCUGAAUUCAGUGGAAAUGGAGUCGCUUACAGGAUAUCAGGCCGUUCAAAAGGCACUGAGUAUAACUCAACUUCAAGACCCCCCUCCUAUUUCUACGGUGGUGCACUUCAAGGUGUCUGCUCAAGGAAUCACUCUAACAGAUAACCAACGGAAAUUAUUCUUCAGAAGACACUAUCCAGUAAAUACUGUCAUAUUCUGUGCCCUAGAUCCACAAGACAGAAAGUGGAGUAGAGAUGGACUUUCGGCAAAGGUGUUUGGCUUUGUAGCCAGAAAGGGCAAUGGCAACGACAACAUCUGUCAUCUUUUUGCUGAACACGACCCAGAGCAACCUGCUAGUGCCAUUGUGAACUUUGUCUCAAAGGUCAUGAUUGGUUCUCAGAAAAAAUUGUAGAUUUUUUGUUCAAGAAAAAAUUGUUUUGAAGGACAAUGAACCAAUCGGGUUACUUUGUAUCAUACUAAAAGCAAUUGCUGAAAUACUAAUAAUUACAAGACUGAAAGGAAAAGUAGAAAAGGAAAUAUCUUGAAAGCUGUAACAAAUAUUUCAUUACAUUUUUUCAUUACAAUUUCAUUACAUUUUUUUUUCUCAUAUUCUAAACUACUUUGGGUCAUACAGACAUUCAGUAUUAUGGUUUUAUCUUAUUGUCUCAAUUUUUCUACAGUUGCUGCAUAGAAAGCAGAUCAUGAAAAUAAUUCUUUUUGCACAGUAUAUAUAAAAAAAAUGUACCUAUGAAAUAUUAAAUAUGGCAAAUACUGUUCACAUAGCAUGCGUUAGGUCAAUACUGGCUAAUUUUUUAUUUUUGUAUCUAAAAACAAGAAUGGAUUCCUGAGAAAAUCUAUAUUUUCUAAGACCCAAUCCAAUAUUAUUGACAAAAAAUUUCCAAAAAGAUGCAGGUGUUUAAACAAGUUGUUAUACAAGCCUAUACUUGCUUAUAUAUGUUUUAAAAAUUCAUAACCCAGAGUAUCCUCAAGAUAGGUCACAAGUAUUAGAAUAAAGGAGGCUUGAUCCUGAGGCUGGGUUCACACUUCAGAAUUUAUGGGCAGACAAAAUCCCGCCAGAGAUACCGAGUACGGCCAACACCGACUGAAUCAGUCGGCACUAGGAUGGCGCAGACAUUGCUGUCCCCAUACAUUUCAAUGUCUUCAGAGUGGAUUCCACCUGAAGAAUGAACAAGUUAAUUCUUUUAGCAGCAGAAUUUCAGCAGCUGAAUGUCUGCUGCUGAAAUUCCAUAGUGUGCAUUGUGCAGCGAAAUCUCAUUAACAGCAAUAGGAUUCUGCAGCAUUGGAAUUUCCGACCGAAAUUCCUAAGUGGAAUUCCAGUCAGAAAUUCCGUAGUGUGAACCCAGCCUUAGUGCAACUGACAAUCCAAAGUGUGAAGAGGGUGUGGUGCUUGGGAAGAGUGCUACAGCCAAUUUUAUUGCUUACACAUGCCUGUGAUAUUUUUUUAGUGGCUAUGAUAGGUACUUUAGCUGUGUCUCAAUCACUUAAAUAGGACAUAACUGGAGUGUUUAGUGUAGCCACUAUGAAAAGCACAGUGUAUGCUAGUAGAAUCACUUGUAACCAUUAAAAAGGCUUCCGCUUGACUCUCUAGAGGUCUCCUUAAACAGCUGGUUGUUGGGGGUGCCAAGAGUUUGUGUCCACUGAUAUAAUAUUCAUGUCCUAUCCUGAAAAUAGGCUUUUAAUUUUUAAAACGCCCUUGAACCUAACUUAGUCUAAAGAAAGGGAAAUUUCAUUUGGAAGUAAAGUAAACGUUUAAGCAUGUUUGAUUUGGAAAAUGGUAAGUGCAAGUGGUUGAGAGAGUUGAGAAUGAUCAUAUUAUGAGGGUAGUUUUAGGAGGUUAAUGCACUAAAGGCUUAUUGUAUGUGGAACUCUGAAGGGAAUUAAGUGGGUAGUUAUUAACUGGUAAAAUGGUGGUUUUGGAAUGUUUUGUCAACUAGAUAUAUAUAUAUGCAAGGUUCAAUGAAAUUAAAGUUUUGAAAAAGUUUCAGAUGAAUAGCUUGUCACAGAAACAAAACAUGAAUUACAGUGAUGAAAAAUAUAUGUGAGGCGCAAAUAUAGUAUUUUAGUGCCAUCUGUAUCUGUAAACGGACAGCUACGAAACAACUGCAGUGCUGCAGCAAUAGUAUACAAGUUAAGAGAGAUCUGUCACUUUGAGCAUACUCUCCCAAGUAGCAUCUUAUAAAGCAGGAGGAGCUGAGUAUAGUUUUGUUAAAAAGAAGUUGGUACAAGUUUUGUUUUAUUGAGGCUAAUCCCUGCUCAUCCAGUUUUACGAGUCCUUUGGGCAGAAUGACUCCAUGAUUGAUAACCUUCCCAGUAUAACUGUCUGUCACUGAGUAGUACCGCCUACUGGACUCCUAACACAUAGUUAUAAGAGAGACAUCAGUAAAUACAGCUUGUACUGAAUCAUUUCCUUCAAAACUAUAUCUUUAUCUAUUCAGCUAUUCCUGUUAUAAUAUGCUAUAUGCCCACAAGCCUAUAUGUGAUCCUAAGCCCCCCCCCCCAGUACAUUAUAAUUAUUUUAAAUAUUUUAAAGGGCAAUAUUCUAGCCAUAUAUUUGCCAGAAUUGUUGGACACAGUACAUCCUUGUACUAAAGAGUGAUGAGAAAGAUAUUCCAGCCUCUUUGCAAAUUUCUAGUGAGAUUGUAAAGAUUUUAAUGUGAUAUUUUAUACUUUAUAUCACAUCUGUUUUUGUACGGUAUGAAGCUAUUUGCCUAAUGUUGUAUACAAUGUGUCCAUGUGUAAAGUUGCUUACUCAAGGGAUUUUGGAAGUUAUUAAUGAAUUAAUUACUCUUACGUGGUAAACAUUUCUAAGAGCAGUUUAGUUUGUCAAUGCGACUGUAUAUGUUUUUCAUUUUACAUCUACAUUUUUGCCCUGUAAAUUUUCUGUACUGAGUUGUAGCACUCACAUAUUUCUUGAUGCAGUAUGUCCUACUUCUACUUUGAUUAUACUGUCUUGUAAUUAUUUUUAUUCAGUGUUAACACAAACAUUGUUCUAUUAUUUUGUGUUAAUGUUUUCUAUUCUAAUAUAUUGGUCUUGCCAAUCCUGGGCUUCUUAUAGGCCAGCAAUCCACUUAUGGACCAAUCUGAAGUCAGUGUACUUUUUAAAAUGUUGACACGCUUUUGUAGUGUAUGCCUUCUUUUAAUGGUAUAUUACCAUGUAAUUUUUUAUAUGAAAUAUUUUAAUGCUGCACAGAAUUAACAGUAGAUGAGAAAUGUGAAUAUGGAUUCAUUUAAAUUUUCUGGUUGAAAACAAUUGACUAUUUUAGCACUUCACUUUGUAGUCUUUAUUAGUUUUUACACAGGUACUUUGAUAGUUUUUACACAGAGUAUAAAUCAAAUAUAUGCCAGUAAUCCUGCUUUAUUAGUAUACUGCUAGUACACAGUAUUAAUACAUACAAAUUUGCUAAAAACCAUAUUUAAAUAAUGCCAGUGUAUUUAUCAUCCUUUCUCAUUGCGCAUAUAUAUAUAUAUAUAUAUAUAUAUAUAUAUAUAUACUUUACUCUGCUAGUUCUUUUCUUAUAUCUUCUGUACAAAUGUAUCCACUAUGUAAAAAUGAAUGCUUUACACAUUCUUUGUAUAGUCCUUUACCAUUAAAAUAUCAACUU